AUUUUUAAGUUUCACUGGCUGUAGACUCACAACUCAGCACCGUUUAGUGUUUACUUCUCCAUCAAUUACAUCUUAUCUGUAUUUAAGAAUUUGGGACAGCAGGACCUGUGUGUGAAGACAGGCUUCCAGCCAUGUCUUCUGCGGUGGAUUUAAAGACAAAGGAGGAGAAAGAUGCAGAGCUUGACAAACGCAUUGAAGCUCUGCGGAAAAAGAAUGAGGCUUUAAUGAAAAGAUACCAGGAAAUUGAAGAAGACAAAAAGAAGGCAGAACAAGAAGGAAUUGCUGUGACGACAACUCGCAAACCACGUUCUCAUGAGCCUGAACCAGAACGACGGAGAACUGAGAAAGAAAACUUCGUUGUGACAGUUGAUAUGUCCAAAUCAAGUGGGAUUGAUGGAGAGAAAAACCCCAUAAGGAACUUUUUGGAUGACCCACGGCGCAGUGGGCCAAUCCAUGAGGCAGAUCGCAAGGAGGGGAGUCGUAGACAUGUACGCAACUGGGGUGGACUGGAAUUUGAUCAUGUGAAGACUGGACCCGAGAUGGAGAAAGAGUGGACGGAGAAUCGAAUGGUGAAUGACAGGAAAUCGCCAUCUCGCCGCGGCGAUCCUGCUCCGGAAGAAGGGAAUAGCGAACGACACCGUGGCAAAAGUCCCUCUCGUAGGGGAGGGUCUGGCCGGCUGAACAGGGGCACGCAACGUGGAGGAAGUCAUCGUUUAGAAAGGCCUGAUGUAGGCCGGAUGCCGGAUGUAGAAGGAAGAGAGGUCCUUGAUCGCGAUGAACACUCUCGAGGAAGAAGGGGAGGAAGAGGAGCAACACAGGCCGGUUUCAACUCGGACAGAAAAUCCAUGGAGUGGGAACAAAAGAGGAAGGAAAAUAUUGAGAAGAUGAAAGAGGAGAUGGAGAAGAUUGCUGAGUAUGAAAGAGGUGAAAGGAUUGAUGGAGAGAAAAACCCCAUAAGGAACUUUUUGGAUGACCCACGGCGCAGUGGGCCAAUCCAUGAGGCAGAUCGCAAGGAGGGGAGUCGUAGACAUGUACGCAACUGGGGUGGACUGGAAUUUGAUCAUGUGAAGACUGGACCUGAGAUGGAGAAAGAGUGGACGAAUCGCAGGCCUGGGGGCAAAGGCUCAGUAGAUAUGACUCUGUCCAUGACUGGCCGAGAGAGGGCUGAGUACCUCCGCUGGAAAAGAGAGAGAGAGCAGAUAGAUGAGGAGAGACUGGCUAGACAUCGCAAUGCUACUGGCCAAUGGAGACGAGAGUGGGAUGCCCAAAAAACAGAAAAAAUGUUCACUGAGAACACAGCUGUGACUGGAGAUGGCACGCCAGAAGCAAGCAGCAAGAGAGCAGAUAGGGGGCGUAAUGCCCAUGUACAGCAACGCAGUGGGGCUUCAGAGGAGAACAGAAAGCCUCCGAAGGCAACUACAUUUGGGGAUUUCCUGGGACAAAGCACUCCUCGAGAGGGUGGCCAUGGAGGCCGUGGAAGAGGAAAAGGCCGAGGUCAAGGCAAGAGCUACAGCAUGCAUGAUAACCGAUGGGAAUCUGAAAAAGAGGAAGAAAAGGUCAAAGAAGAAGAAAAGGGCAAAGAGGAGGAAAAGGGCAAAAAGGAAGAACAGGAAAAGGAGAAGAUGGAGAAAGAGAAGACCAAGAUAAAGGACACCCCCAAAGCUCAACCAGUAAAGAAGCGAAACGUAAAGGUUGCAGAAAAAUCCGGCGGUGCUGAAGUGGACGAUGACGACGAAUGGGAGGAUGCCAGCGAAGGGGAUGAAGAGGAGGAGGUUGAAGAGUGUGAGGGAGAUCAAGAAAGUUCAAAGUCUAAAGCCACAAAGAAAAGCCAUAGCCCACCUGCUCCUUCCACUCCCAGUCCAAAAGAACAAAGAACUCCCAGGCCCAAAGUGCACAUCCCAUCUUCCCCACAGGAUUCUCUCACUACCCCAGAAAGCACAAAGCCCCUCAGCCCCUUCUCUCUUCUGGAGAGCCAUCAGCCUGUCUCAGACUGGGGAGAAGAGAUGGAGAUGCUCUCCCCUAAAAGCAGCUUGGGUGAGAGCCCCCUGAAGCCCAGUAGUAAUGAGAGCAGUCCAGCUCAGAUCAGGGAUAGAGAAGAGGAGCACACUAGGGAUGCCACAAAACCCCCUGAGCAGUCAGACGAACAGCAUGACACAAAGCCUGAGUCGGCAGCUCCUGUAGUCAAGGAGGAAUCUGCAACACCUCAGCCUGCAGGUUCUAACUCGAGCAACAAUGAACCUGAAGAGGAACACCAUGCAGUUCCUGCUCAAACGUCAAUCACACACCCAGAGGAGAGUGUGGCCCCUGCUGUAGAGCUGGAACAGAAGCCAUGUGAAAGCGAACCUGCUGCAGAAGCUUUAGGAGAGUCCAAGGAACAGCCAUCCUCAGAGGACAUUGCAGCCCCUGCUGUAGAGCUGGAUCAGGAGCAGUGUAAAAGUGAACCUGCAGCAGAUGCUUCAGCAGAGACCAAGGACCAGUCGUCCUCAGAGUCGGCAGCUCCUGUAGUCAAGGAGGAAUCGGCAACACCUCAGCCUGCAGGUUCUAACUCGAGCAACAAUGAACCUGAAGAGGAACACCAUGCAGUUCCUGCUCAAACGUCAAUCACACACCCAGAGGAGAGUGUGGCCCCUGCUGUAGAGCUGGAACAGAAGCCAUGUGAGAGCGAACCUGCUGCAGAAGCUUUUGGAGAGUCCAAGGAACAGCCAUCCUCAGAGGACAUUGCAGCCCCUGCUGUAGAGCUGGAUCAGGAGCAGUGUAAAAGUGAACCUGCAGCAGAUGCUUCAGCAGAGACCAAGGACCAGUCGUCCUCAGGCUAAAGGAUAAUUGCAGUAGCUGAUACAUUUAGUGCUGGUGGUCUUCAGAAACAGAGCAUUGGCAGGCAGUGGUGAGAAUACAUCAAGCGUGUGGAGGACGGACACACCAUUCGAUGACUUCAUCCACUUCUACACAACUCACCACAUUGCUGUGUGAUCUCUGUUCUCAUGAAGCACUUAAGGGGGCUACUUAACUACUGUGUUCUUUGUAUUUCAGAUUAUUUGUGUGAUUGGUUUGCAAACCAUUUUUUUAACAUUAUGAUCAAAUGUAUUGUAUGCUUGGGGGAGGGGCACUAAACAUUAUAGCUUAAAGCAAUGGACUUAGUACAUGCCAUAUUGCUCGAAUACAUGAACUGAAGUAAUGAUUACAUGCAGUGGCUUAGUUACUUCAACCUGUCACUGCUUUGUCUACAGUGGUAAAUGUCAUUUAAUACCAUCAUGUGUAAGUUUGUGCUCGAGGUCUAUGCAAACAGUGGCAAAAGGGCAUUAGAAUAAUCAGCUUCAGAAAACAAAUCUGUUUGCUUUUCUUAAGUCGUGUUUUAUCUAUAAUUUGCCUGAAUAAUAUGGUGCUAGAUCUAUGCUAAUGAUGUCCCAGCCUGUAUAUGGUAUGUAUGAUGACCAAAGAUCAUAGUGUAUCGUAAAUGACUUUGCUUCUGUUAGCAAAUAGCAGUAAAUAAUAAUGAUUUGAGGCAACAUAAUAGAUUUACCUCAGAAAAACUCGUUUUAUUUUAUUUUUUAUUCUGCUUUAUGCAUCUUAUAAUGCUUUAUAAAAUAACAUGGCAUUUCUUUUAUUGUGGUUUUAGCCAUUGAGGUUUCCAUAUUUUAAUGAAUUUACAAAGUCUAUAGCAGAAGGAUUGCGUUAAUCAGGUUUGUCAGAAAUUACUUUCACUAUAUGCAUUGGGAACCAUCACCUUACAAAUAAGAAGCAUUUAUGGAACAGUAAAAUCAUGGUGUUUGAAAUUGUAUAGCUUAAUAAUACACUGUCUUGGAGGAUUUUACUGUGUAAUUACACGUUUGUUUGCUUCCUUUGGCGUUCUGUUGGGAGUUUCAGCAGUGCAUGUGAUUAAGUAUUAUGAUAAAAUCUAUUAGUGUUCUUGUGAAACACUUAUAUCUAUCAAAUGUAUGGAAAGGUUUCUUGGCAAAAUAUUUUGCCUAUAAUUUUUUAUGUAACUUAUGUAUCACAUUGUUUAUUUACUUUUAAAUCUUUCCCUAAAUAAAUGUACGUUUUAUGAAUUUAA